AUGUUCUUAACAUUGCGGCUGCUUUCAAACAGACACCCAUCAUUCAUAGCGCGCACAGUGUUCGUUAAAAACAACAACGUGGAUGACGCGUGCAGGCUGGUCAAUAGAAUUCUUGGUAAAGAAGGAAUUUUGGAACAGUUCAGGCUGACCCGAUACUACGAGAAACCUUUUCAGACUAGAAGGCGUUUGAACCACGAGCGCUGUAAAGCUAUCUACAAUGAAGACAUGGAAAGAAAAAUUCAGUUUGUGCUGAGAAAGAACAGACAUGAACCGUUUCCAGGAUGUUAUUAA